CGCGUUUUAGUUGAUCGAAAACUACGCGGAGAGAAGUGCUCGCUGCUCAGUGUUCGUUACCGGCUCGCCAUCACGUUGGCCAUAUCGAUUUUUGUCACUCACUUGGCGCGAUUUCAUCGUGCCUCAACCAGUGAUUUUUCCUCCAUUCAAACUCAAAUAUAAUGAAUUAAACUGGUAUUGUUUUUGUGUCUUUUUUGUAAAAAUCAAUGUUGUUACCGACUAAUUCCUCGCCGAUAGGUUUUCAACAAGAACUUUAUCAAAGUGUCACCGAAAAAACAAAGUUUUUUGCUUCGAAAUGCGUGAACAAGAGUCCGGCGAAGGAAAAAAGUGCCGAGACUUUGAGAAGGAGCAGGUUUAGGUUUUGUGUGUGUACCGGGCCUCGCAAAAGUAGCAAAAAGACUGCCAAGUGGUAUGUCAAGCAGCCCACAUGGCGAUUGUGGGGCGAGGAGAAAGCAGAUGGCGCCCUAUACACGGUUUACCUCAAGAAAGUUCGUUACCACCGACCGACCAGGAGUUUGUCGUCUUCACACUCGGACUCCGACGACGAAAUUUCCCACCUAGAAUGGGAAACCGUUCGAGUACGGUUCGUCAAAGCGGGAACGUUGAAGAAACUAGUCGAGGCUCUUUCCACCGAUGAUGGAGAACUGGAAACGACCUACAUCAACGUGUUUCUGGCCACGUACAGAAGCUUUUCUACUCCUAAGGAAGUACUCAAAUUGCUGCUGCAAAGAUAUGCCGAACUGUCGGAAACGACGCUCAAUGGCAAGCCAGAUUAUCACGAACAACAUCGGAAAACUCUAAUUUCUGCGUUACACGUGUGGCUGGACAGUUACCCUGAAGACUUCAAAGAUCCGCCCAAUCAUCCUGCCCUUCGUCAGCUGCUCCACUUCUGUGAAGAAUAUCUACCUUCUACUGAGCUAGAUGCCAAAGUACGACAUAGGAUAGAAAGGUAUACUAGGGAAACCCAAGUAGAUCCUCUAUUAGCACCUCCUCCUGCAUUCGCCAUGCGCUCCCUAGCGGCUGGAUGGAGGAUGUAUAAAUUACCAGAUGUACCUGUGCGCCAUUUUGCUGAACAGCUUACAAGAAUGGACGUGGAUUUGUUCAAAAAGCUAGUCCCUCACCAAUGCCUCGGCGCCGUAUGGUCGAGACGGGACAAGAGCCGAUCCCACGAGGCUGCUACAGUUUUAGCUACAGUAAAUCAAUUCAACGCGGUAUCCUUUCGCGUAAUCUCUUCCGUUCUAGUCGAUUCCUCUCUAAGAUUCAGCGAUAGGGCAGCCAUUAUUUCCACCUGGAUAGACAUCGCACAGGAGUUAAGAUUAAUCAAGAACUUUUCCAGUCUGAAGGCAAUUAUCAGCGGGUUGCAGAGUAAUCCGAUAUAUAGGCUACAGAGAACAUGGCAGUCAAUACCAAAAGACAAAAUCGAACUCUUCGACGAAUUGGCUCGAAUAUUCAGCGAAGACAACAACCAGAUGACCCAACGAGAGCUACUCAUGCGCGAAGGUACUGCGAAAUUCGCAGAUACGUUCGGAGAAAAUGACAAGCAUUUGCAGAAAGUUUUCCAAAAGCAAAAUCAUCACGUGGCUAACAUCUCUUUCGGCACCAUUCCUUAUUUGGGGACGUUCCUUACGGAUCUCACUAUGAUAGACACUGCCAUCCCGGACGCUAUAGCGGAGGGGCUGAUUAAUUUCGAUAAGAGGAGGAAGGAGUUCGAGGUGCUAGCUCAGAUUAAAUUGUUACAAGGUGCUGCAAAUGCUUACCAUUUCACGGAAGAUCCAGCCUUCGACCGAUGGUUCGACACCAUUCUAGUCCUAGACGAUCGAGACGCCUACCAGCUCAGCUGUCAAAUAGAACCAUCCAGUUCCAACAACGUUAAAGUGAAGAAACGAACAUCGGGACACCAGAAGAACGAUUCGAUAGCCAGUACUUCGAGCAGCAAUAGCUCGCAGUUCUACUGCGACAUAGAUAGCACGCCGAGUUCGCCGCAUAAUAGUUUAGAUAGGAAAUUGAGUCCUUCGCAGAUGUCGAAUUCGAGUAGUAAUUCUUCGCUACCUUCUUUGGAUGUGUCGCUAAAUAGUUCGCAUUCGGGCAGUGCAAAUAAUAAACUUCAGGUACCUUUAAACCAUAACAGUUCGGGGACAUUGAGCAACCAGUCGCAGAAAAGUAAUCCAGACUUUUACAUCAUUAAAGUAACUUACGAAACGGACAGUGUAGAAACGGACGGUAUAGUGUUGUAUAAAAGUAUAAUGUUAAGUAAUAAUGAAAGGACGCCUCAAGUGAUCAGAAAUGCCAUGUACAAAUUAGGAUUGGAGGGGAACCCGGACCAGUAUACUCUAGCUCAAGUUUUACCAGAAAAAGAAAUGGUUCUUCCUUCGAAUUCCAACGUAUACUACGCAGUGAACACACAGUACAACCUAAACUUCAUUUUACGUCCCAAAAAGUCAGAGGAAAAGGACACGCCAGGAAAAAACUCGAAGGGCAAAUAUAAGCUGUAAUUUUUUUUAUUGUACAAGUAUUUGAUAUUUCAAAACUUUUCCAGGUUUUUAAUACUGUAUAUUUUUAUGCGUGCGUCAGAUUUUUCACUGAAGAUUUCUGAGUUGGGUCAAGUAAUGAUGACAAAGACAGCUAAAUUAAAUUGUUGUUCCAUAAAGGAACGCUUACAUGGCGCUUCAUAGGUCUGUUGAUAAUGAAAAGACCAGAAAAUAAAUGAAGUUGAGUAAUAAAGGUAUAUACACAACCCUGAGAUACUCAGGGAAGUGAAAGUGAAGAUACGCAGGGGAUGAUCUUAGAGGACCAUAGAAGACGACCUAUAUUUUAACCUAACAUAUCCUAAAAAAAUAUUAAAGCAUAAAAUAUAUGGUACAAACAGCUUAACUUGGAAAAUCCAUAAAGUCUCAUAAAACGAAGCCAACUAUAGUAGGAAACAUAUAAACAAACAGCAAAACAGUAUUCUAUACUAAAUUUACAAUCAAGAUGCAGUAGAAAUAAACAAACCAAGACACGUUAAAUAAUACUAGGAGCACUCUCGAAUCAUAAUUUACAAUGUAUAAACUUUGGAAAUCAUGAUUUGGGAUUUACAAUGUAUAUACAUUGUCAAUUAUGAUUUGGGAGUGCUCCUAGUAGCAUUUAAUGUGUCUUGGUUUGUUUAUUUCUACUGCAUCUUAAUUGUGAAUUUUGUAUAGUAAACGAAAGUUUUUAGAAGUAAACAUUGGAUUUGACUGCAAGAUAUAUAAGUCCAUGUGGUGAGACCGCUCCCGUCUGGAAAAAUUUCUGAUUCGGUUUGUUUGUGGAUUCCUAUUCAAAAAUGUCCCCUUUAAACAAAUCUGAAGGGUGCCGGGUGGAAUUUUUGGGCAGAAAUUGUUAAAACAAUUUUUUUAAACAAAUACAAAAGAUCACUUUUUUUGCUCCGGAACAUAUAUUUUUAAGUUUUGUGGGUCAUUCUAAACAAGAAAGGUAUCUUGUAAAUUUUCUCAAAAAUUGAUAGUUCUCGAGUUAUAGGCGAUUUAAAAUCUGAAAAAUGCGAAAAUACGCAUUUUCGAGGCCUAAAAACUCAUAUUUAAAUUAGUAUUUUUGAGGUUGCCAGAUACUUAAAUUGAAGUUUAAACAUUCAGCUUCAAGAUUCUGAAGAGUGAUAGCGUGUAACCUUAAUUUAAACCGUUGUUUUUUAAUUGUUAAAUAUGCAUGUCCAUCCGACUUUUUUGCCGGUGCGGCGAGCUCUAUUUCAAAAAUCUCCAAUUUUCUUUCGAAAAAUAUUUUUUCUAGAUUCUUUGGGACAUUCUAAAUAGAAUAAGUGUCUUGACAUUUUUCUCAAAAGUUAACAGUUUUAAAGUUAUAAGCGAUUUAAAAUCCAAAAAUGCGUUUUUUGCCAUUUUUCGGAUUUUAAAUCGCUUCUCUUUAAAACUAUUAACUUUUGAGAAAAAUGUCAAGAAACUUAUUUUAUUUAGAAUAUCCCAAAGAAUCUAGAAAAAAUAUUUUUCGGAAGAAAAUAGGAGAUUUUUGAAAUAGAGCUCGCCGCACCGGCAAAAAAAUCGGAUAAACGCGCAUACUUAACAAUUAAAAAAAAAACGGUAUAAAUUAAGGUUAGACGCGAUCACUCUUCAGAAUCUUGAAGCUGAAUGUUUAAUCUUCAAUUUAUGUAUCUGGCAACCUCAAAAAUACUAAUUUAAAUAUGAGUUUUUAAGCCUCAAAAAUGCGUAUUUUCUCAUUUUUCACAUUUUAAAUCGCCUAUAAUUCGAAAACUAUCCAUUUUCAAGAAAAAUUACAAGAUACCUUUCUUGUUUAAAAUGACCCAAAAAAUCUACAAAUAUAUGUUCCGGCGCAAAAAAACGUGAUAUUUUGUAUUUGUUUAAAAAAAUUGUUUAAACAAUUUCUGCCCAAAAAUUCCGCCCGGCACCCUUCAGAUUUGUUUAAAGGAGACAUUUUUGAAUAGGAAUCCACAAAGAAACCGAAUCAGAAAUUUUUCCAGACGGGACCGGCCUCACCACAUGGCCUAAUAGCUGACAACUAAACAAGCUAAGUGUCUUGUUAAAUUCAAUACUUACGAAAAUCUGAGUGACAUAUUUGUAUGGAAUACUCAAAAUACAAGCUACUUAAUUACUAAAUGUAUCAAUAAUUAUCUACUUUAAUCAAAAAGAUGGUGUAUAUGGACUGGUAGAUGUGAGAUAUUUCUCUAUAUUUUGCCAUAAAGUAGUAAACCAACAUAGCAACGUAGCUAGAGAUCCAAUAGACUAACGAAUACAUGAAUACUGUUUGUUUCUGCUACAGUUCGUCAAAUAUACUGUGAUACUUGGCCGUAUGGACAGCCUAAGUCUGACGUCACAAAUGUCACAAAAUUGGGAGGAGACUCCAAACAAUUCUGUUUGUAACGUUAAAUGAUCAUAAGGAAUUUUUCAUUUAUGUGCUUUGUGUGGCAAAAUAAGACUUCAUUUAGGUAUUUCGUUAAUGAAACGUGUUAAUUAAGAGAUUUUUAUUCGUUUUUGCUCAGGUGGUUUUUAUUCCUUAGUGGUUGAAAAUAAACAUAACCUCAAAACUGUUUACGUUCUAAUCAUUGCAUUCAAUUAACUCACCUGGGCAAAAACGAAUAAAAAUCUCUUAAUUGACACGUUUCUUUAACUAAAUACCUAAAUGAAAAGUCUUAUUUUGUCACACAAACCACGUAAACAAUAAAUUAAAAAUUCCUUAUGAGUGUUUAACCUUAUAAACAAAAUUGUUUGGAGUCAAAUAUAAGCUCCUCCCAAGAGCCUCCUUGACUGCGCACCUACGAUGCGCAGUCAACAGAAACAUAAUUCACCGAAUGCGUUCCUUUUUUUUUUUUCUACGCAAGUGGACAAAAUCGCCAAGUAUCACCGUGUAUUUGACAAGCUGUACAUAUUUUACUGUUAAAUAUCUAAAUGUCUUAAUUUGAUUACUAAAAUGGCUUUGAUGUUUCAGUGAAAAAUCUGAUUGAAAAAAAUUGUUUUAUACUAUAAAAAUUUGUAUAUUUGUGAGCUGUUUAUGACAAAUAAUCCAAGAAACAAAUAACAUCUGUGAUAAAAGCACAAAAUACUCUUUCGUCAUCACAUUAUGUGUGGUAUUAAGUUAGAAUCAUCUAAUUUUCAGAUUUUUUUAAAAUAAAUUUGCUUCUUUCGAAGCGGAAUAAAUAAUUUUUGCUAAAAUUUAUGCUUUCAGCUUUAGUGCAUUGUGUACGAUAAUUUUUAAUUGGCGGAAAAACUUCUAUGAUUCAGAUUUGAAGGAAAUAAUAAAUAUUAUAAAUGAUUUAUUUGACAAGUUCCUUUAUUAGUUAUUAAUUCGGUGGAGAAUGCUUCUGUUCCGAUGGUGGGUGUUAACGGAAUCAAUUAAAAUAAGUGUAAACAACGAACAGUAAUAUUUAUUUUAUUUUUGGUUAAAAGGCGUGCUUAUUCAUCUCGUAAGAGGGUUGUUUAUUGUUUGAGGGCAGCGAAGGGGCGUCUGAACUGCCGGCCUGCCGUGACGAUACUGCCGAGACCACAACACCAUUAUCAUCAUGUUUGCGGUUUUACAAUAUGGCUAGAAAAGGCAAUAAAUUACUACAUCUGGCGUUUUAAAAGCUCAGAACCUUUCUGUAGUUUUAAGAAACGUCUUCGAAUGCAUUUCCAAAGUGCGUUAUUGACAUAAGGUCUGAUAAGGUAAUUAAUUUAUCGGGAAUUCAGUUUGUUAAACUGAACACACCAAAAACAUAUGGUUAGGGAUACAUUUCGUUUCAUAAAACUUAACGGCCCUUCUUAACAUCUGGUUUGUAUAUUAAAUGUGAAUUUUAUAUGACCCAUAUUAUUUCGUUUUGAAAUAAGUUAUUAAAAAAUAAAAUUAGCAAAAAUAGUAAUUAAAGCGUGUCGCCACACUUCUUUUGAUAUUAUUAAGUUAAUUAGACUCUUCAUCAACCCGUACGCGACCACUGCUGGACAUAGGUCUCCCUCAGCUCUUUUCAUUCUCCGUCCUGUGCGGAUUACAUCCAGUUACUGAGAACACGCUUCAGAUCGUCGGUCCAUUUGGUUGAUGAGUUGGUUGGUUCUCUGCACCGUAAAGCUUCUUCUCGUGGCCUCAACUCGACAGUACGUUUUGUCCAUGGGUUUGUCUGAUAACCUGGCGAGGUGUCUUGCCCAAUUCCAUUUUAGCGACGCGAUUCUUUCGACAGCGUCUGUUGUUUUUGUUCUACGACGGAUUUCUUUGUUUGGGAUUCGGUCUCUCAAGGAAACACCCAACAUCUGGCGGUCCAUAGCCCUCUGAGUUAUGCGAAUCUUGUUCACUACCUUUUUUGUGUGUUAUUGUUUCCGCUUCAUAAGUGAAAACAGGCAACACACACUGGUCAAAGAUUUUCCUUCUCAUAAACCUUGUAUAUUUAGAAUGUCUAAAUCUUAGUUGUCUUAUCUCUAUGUCUUUUUUAGUUGUAUUUGUACAUCAAAUCCAACUAAGUGUUUUCUGGAACAGUUUCUUUUUUCUAUUUGUAAAUCUUUCUUAACCUUUUUCUUAAAAGAAACUAAGUCUGGCAAAUAAUGUUUAAACCGUUUAAAUAGAAAUUGUUUUAUUUUAUCAUUGUAUUUAGUGGGUAAAUUCAUUUUUCUGCUUAAUGAGAAUUUUUCUUUUGUAAAACAGUUGUUCUUUGUCUUUCAUAGUAGGUUAUAGUCCAAGAGGCAGCGCUGAAAAAUCUCUUUGAAUUUACUAAAGCUAGAUUUUUCAGUUGAUUACUGUGAUUGUGUAGAGAAACAUACUGCGGUCAGUCAAGCGAAACGUAGAACAGGGGCUACUGAGAGGGUAUCAAAGUUGCUUUCCUACAAAGGUAAUUAAAUCCAUUUACUAAGGCUGAAAAUCAGUACACAUAUUCUAAAUUAAAUAUAAAUAAAAGUUAUUAUAGUCGGUCAGCUGUAUGACGGUACAGAGCCGGUCGGUCGGCCCCAAUGAAUGUACAGGGAUAUUCACUAUAUUUUGACCCCCCUUGUAAACUGCUUUAUUUACAGAAUUAGAAAAAAUGUAAAAUACAAAAGUUAUUCGAUUUUUAAAAUAUGAUUUUUUGACAUAUAUAUCGUACUAGUGACGUCAUCCAUUUGGGCGUGAUGACGUAAUUGACUAUUUUUUUUAAAUGGGAAUAGAAUAUGGGUCGAGUGCCCAUUUGAAAGGGUAUUCAAUUCCCUAUUCAGUAAUAUAAACAUUAACAUGAUUAAUUAUACAGGGCAUCAAUUUUUUUUUUUUAAAUUAAAUUAAUUGUUUAAUUAAUAAUUCAAAAUUUUUUUUGGAUACCCUGUAUAAAUAAUGAUCUUAAUGUUUAUAGUACUGUAUAGAGAAUUUAAUAACCUUUCAAAUGAGCUAGCACACGACCCCUAUUUUCAUUUAAAAGAAUAGUCGAUUACGUCAUCACGCUCAGAUGGAUGAUGUCACUAGUCCGAUAUAUAUGUCAAAAAAUCAUAAUUAAAAAAUCGAAUAACUUUUGUAUUUAAUUUUUUUUUAAUUCUGUAAAUAAAGCAGUUUACAAGGGGGUCAAAAUAUAGUGAAUAACCCUGUACAUUCAUUGGGGCCGACCGGCGGUUCUGUCCCGUCAUAGAGCUGACCGACUAUAAUAACUUUUAUUUAUAUUCAAUUUAGAAUGUGUGUACUGGUUUUCAGCCUUAGUAAAUGGAUUUAAUUACCUUCGUAGGAAAGCAACUUUGAUACUCUCUCAGUAACCCCUGUUCUACGUUUCGCUUGACAGACCGCAGUAUGUUCCUCUACACAAUCACAGUAAUCAACUGUGUAAUAUUUAGCUUUAGUAAAUUCAAAGGGAUUUUUCAGCGCUGCCUCUCCGUCUAUUAAGAUGUUUGCAUUAUAAUACUCAUUAAUUGCUAAGUUUUCUGGUGUUCAUAAUGCGAAGUCGUCGCUAUCUAUAAACCCUUUUAGUUUUUGCUUUGAUUUCAGUAUGAACUAAGAUAUGUCAAGAAAAGUAGUAGUCAUGACUAGAAAUUGUAUAAAGAAGUUAGAUUUCUUUCUAUUUCAAAUCACGGAUUAAUGCAGUCCAUCAAAAGGAUAAUUUUCAAUAAAGUGCUCCAAUGCAUCACUCAAAUCAUUUAUUUAUUGCUAACGAACUUGUCAAAUAUCAUUAAUGAUUAUUGAAAUAGUAUUAAACAAAAACGUUGCUAUAAUAUGAUUAUUUCUACACAUACAGAGCAUUAAUUAUUGGAAUAGGCACUCCAAAUAUGACAACUACGCACACUUUGGUAGUUCAGAGUAGGUUCACACCAUACCAGUUAAUAAGCUUAUGCGCGUGUGCGGAAUUUGUUUCUCACUCGCGCUGUAGCAAAACCUGACAGUGUAAACCCACUUUAACAUCUUAGCAAUGCAGUGUUGCCAUUUACAAAGAUGUGUCUAACCCAACAAUUAAUUCACUGUAGCAUGGUUCGUCUAGGUCGAACGAACUAUCAGGAAAUUGCCUAUACUGGCAAAACAUAAAUAUGCAUCAUCUAGAAGUGGGUAUUACGUCUGAUACAACAAAAGGUGCUGAAUAUUGAUACACAGAGUGUUUGAUAAUUGCUGUUCGCGUAAUUUAUUAAUUUCGCUCUCAUUAGCUUUUCAAAAAUGAAGUAUUAGAUUGGUGCCAUUUUGCAAUUUUAAACAAAACUAUCUUUGUUAUUAAACAUUCUGUGGAAAUAAAAUGAUCACUAAUGCAUUCUAAAUAAAAUAAAUAAUAAUAUGAUGUUUAGAUAAUUUUUAAAUUGAUAAAAUAUUUAAUAUAUAGGUAUAUUUCAGUUACAAUAAUUUAUGUGGCCCUUUAUAGGGACUUAAAAAAUGCGAAUUCAUAUCUUACAAGAACUUUAAGGGGAGGAACCAAGAACGGAUGAAAAACCAAGACUGAAAGUUAAACUGACACUGAACUCGGAACAAUGUAAUUGUAUUUAUUUAAAUUGUUAAAGUUAACAAGACAGUCGUUGACCAAAGCUAAGUUGAACUUGAAUGAAGACCUAGCUAUAGGUACAUUACAACCAUUUUUUCUUCCCACUGUUCUAAGAAACGCCGUACAGAAUAAAUUAUUGGGAACAAAACACUUGGAAGUACUGAAUUUUAUUUGACUUCUUCAAAAUUACAAUUAUCAUUAAAAUCUUAUUAUUAAUUACUUUUUUUUGUCACAAAACUCAACGGUUUGACACUACUUACUAUUGAAAUUUGACCUUAAAUAUGUAUUUGGUCUACACCUUAUUUUUUCGAAUGCUUUCGAUCAUUCUGGACUAUUCUAUUUUACUACAGUAAAGUUUGUUUAGCAGUAAAUGGUUGACUUCAAUUAGUGCGGUCGUAAAUAUUAUUAAAUUUAUCUGACUUUGCCCAUUGUUAAGACCGGUCCGGAGCGAUAAGCAAACAGAGUUGGUCUUUUGACAAUUAACACUGACUAGACGGUACUCCUAUAAUAAAGCAAAGGAUCCACAAAAUUUACAAUAAUUAUUACGACAAAAACAAAAAAAAAACGGAUGUAAAAUAUAUUGCUUUGCCUUAUAUACCCGAAAUUAAUGUUUUCAAAUGAGUUUUAAAAUAAAUUAAAUCUAUUCUAAUUGCUAAGAUUACAGAAAAACAAACAUUCAAACAUAUUUAAAUUUUACCUGAAGCCGGGUCUUUUAUACUAUUAUCGGUUAACCCAGGAUGUUUAUAGUCGGUACUAUUCGAAGACAACCAUUUACUGCUAAACAAACUUUACCGACAAACUUACACUGGCAUACUCGUUACAGUCUUUAUCACACGAAUUUUUACAAGUGGUUUUCUUCAGAAAAUACAGUUUUAUAAUAUAUUGUAUGUAGUUUUGUCGAUGUUUCCAUGUCAAGAAAUAGCAUUAAAAAUGUUGAAAAUCCUCGAAAAGCAACCGAAAACGUCGGACGCCUCGCAAAAAUCACAAAAAAGAGUGAAAACUAUGUGUCUUGACCCGUGAUUAGUUUACCGUGAGAUAUAGUUGCUAUUAAAUAUUACUUUAGCAAAUUAAAAUAAUACACGACGACAAUUUUCGAUAGAACUAUUUAUUGAUUACUAUACUAACUAUAUGAUGAUUACUAUACUAUACUGAAUACUACUAAAAAUACAAAAGACUCUUGACCAGAAAUCCCUGAUGGCGGGGAACACAAAAAUGUCUAUCUGUACGACACAAUUUCACCUUGGGAAAAACGUAAUUACAAAAUCGUUCAUCACUGUCCUUCUCAGAAGCUGACAAUAACCGCUUGAGUCGACUUACUGUUAAUUUCCAAAUACCUACUUUCUAAAGAGAAGGAUUAUUAUAGACAAAUGUUCCCCAGAAUUGUAAAAAUGAAUGUAUUUUAAUCUUUUAAGAGAUUUCUGGAAACUAAUUUACCCAAACUUAAGAAUUAGCGAUAUGAAUCUACAUCGUAAAAUAAAAUCGAAAAACAAAAUUAACUAAACUAUAAGGACACGGAACACUAUGUAAACAAGAGCCUGUGUCACAUUGUUAUCCCAAGGAUGAUUUUGAUAUUUUUUCAACAUUUUUCUUUGCUUUUUCAACAUUUAUUUGACGUCUUUGAUGGUUAUUUUCUAACUGACCAUUAAAUAUGAAUCCUCAUUACGGCAAUUUAAAUCUUAGUCCCAUCACAACCGUGGCUUUUAAGAUCACGCAUUAAAAGCGAUAGGAAACCGGUUAAAAACGACGCCAAAAACGUGAUAGAAGCGCCAAACAACGUCGAGGAAACAACAAAAGUAUAUUAAAUGCCAGUAAAAAACAGCUACAAACCGUUACCAGUUAUUUGGUUCUUUUGUGUGUUAACAAAGUACGAAGACCAUCAAAAUAUCAGGGACAAAAGCAUGUCAAAUGUGAUCAAAAAUCAGAAAAAUUAUGUUUACACGUUUUAGAUCUUUGUUAGGUCGCUUUUUCAGCGUUCUUGACAUCUUUCAUAGCUUUUUGAGAGCUUUUUUGACCCUACGAUCUAACUGGCUUGUGGACAUUAACUCGCUCAGUGCCCACGACGACAGUGUGUUGUCACGAGGGUCUCAUCAAGGAUGCUGACGAGGCAAGAGUGUCGGCGGUAGUACUGCGUCAAAUUCGAACUUAAUGUAAUUACAAUUUUGCAAUAGGGCUUUCCAUCGAUUGUCAUUUAGUUCGAGCUUCUGCCAUGUGUCACAUAAUAUUAAUGUAUCUACUUCAUACGUCUUUGGUUUGUAUCAUUGGUAUAUACCUAUAACGUAUGACGUAGAUAUAUUAAUAUUAUGUGACAUAUGACAGAAGCUCGAAACAAAUGACUGUGAAUGAAAAGCCCUAUUGCCGUUCAGUUAACAAUGACAAAUUAUUGAUAUGUGGUCGUUAAGGAAGUUAUGUCUGUUUUUAUACGGUAGACUCUCUAUAACGAACACGGAUAUUACGAGGUUUCGCUUAUAACGAGGUACACUAGAUGUCCCGUGAAAUUCCUAUUGAACUAUAACACCUCUAUAACGAUGCGUAUUUGGUUAUAACGAGGAAAAAUGAAAUCGAAGGUUAAGUUUCUUUACCUGUUUUUGGCGUGGUGAUGGCCAUAUAUAAAUACCAUAACUGCCUGUAUACAGGAAUGCCCAACAUCUGUGUGCUUAUUGAGACUAGUGCUGUAAUAAAUUCCAUCGCCGGUAAUAAACUUCUUCCUUCUUGUUUAUCUGUCGACCGACAUUGAAUCGUAGGAAAUUUACAAUUUACGAUAGCCAAACUUCAUUGUUGAGAUCGACCAUCAACACCUAAUAAACUACGUAAGAGGCAUCAAAACAUUUCAGUGGUGGUGGCAUGCACAAUAUUAUUGUUGUCUGAUAUAACGAGAUCCGCUUAUAACGCGGUUAUUAGUCCGCCAUUUCAGUUCUCGUUAUAGAGGGAGUCUACUGUAUUAUAGAUGGCCUCAACGAGCAACAAGAUAAAGUAUAGAUAUAAAUUAUAUGCCUUUAUAUUUAUAAAUAUCGUCAACGAGCAAAGGGAUAAUAUUCUAAAGUCUGGAUAUAAAUUGUAUAACUGAAAUAUACCAAAAUUUUAUCCCACAUACCUCUAACAGUCACUAUUAGUUAGCUUUUCAACAAAAACCGAAUUGUUCAAUGUAUAGACUUGUUUAUUAGAUAUACUUUAUCGAAAUCGUGAAUGGUAUUAGUCAAUUGUAUCGUAUUAUGAGCAUUGAUUUCUCAAUUUUUCUCCCAAGUGACCAAUUUUUAGCGAUGUAGUGUUUUGUGACACUGUUGUAUCUCUUAUAUAAUAAAUUUUUGUAUAAAAAUGUAACCCCUAUUGGUACUUAAUUGUAUAUAAAUUUGUAAAAUUGUAAGGAGAUUUAUUUUUAUUGUAUUUUUCUAUUAAAAACCUUCAUAUUAA